AUGGUGGACCAGCGGGAUCUUGCUGUAAAUUCGAUUGUCCUGGAGGAUCCGCCAUUGGAUUUCGCGCCGAUCCCCCCGGCAUCGUCGCAGCUGGUGGUCUUUGACUUUGACUGGUCCCUCGCCGAUCAGGAUACGGAUCGCUGGGUUCACGAAGUGCUCUCGCCUCGUCUCCGCAUCGAGUUCGUGGAGAAGAAGCCUACCAUGCAAUUUACGGAUAUGUGUGCGUAUCUCCUCGAGGAGCUGCAUAAGGAGGGACACUCGCGUGAGGCUUUGGAAGACGCGCUUCGCUCGAUGCCUAUGCAUCCAGGUAUGCUUCGUGGUGUUCGUACGCUGCAGAAGGAGCACAAGGGAACUGAUUUUCUUCUUCUCUCUAAUUCUAACGAGGUGUAUAUCGGCACUAUUUUGCCGAGCAAAGGCCUAACUGAGCCUCCCUUGUUCAAGGAAAUCGUGACCAACCCAGCGCAGUGGGAGCCGAAUGGCUUGCUUCGUUUGCGCCGCCGCAUUUCCCCGGAUGGCCCGCAGCAUACCUGUACCGUAGGAUGCAGUGCCAACAUGUGCAAAGGAGAUGAGCUUGAUGCUUACAAGGAGCGCCAUGCCUCAAGCAAGUACGAGAGGAUUAUCUAUGUGGGUGACGGUGGAAAUGACUACUGUCCCGUGAAACGCUUGGGUCCGAACGACAUUGCAUUUGUGCGUCGCAACCGUGGGCUGGCCAAACGCAUCCUGGAAGAAGGAGGUAUUCAAUGCCAAGUCCGCUACUGGUCGGGUGCAUGGGAAGCCGAGCAACUACUUCUUCUUCUCCGUGCGCAAUCGUAG